AUGGACCAAGUACUCGCAGAUCAGCAGGUCCAGGGCGAUCUCUUGAAGAGCUUCAGGCAGACUAUGUUAAAAACCCCGAGGGAUCGUAGGACAAUCAGUUGGUUUAAGACACAGUUGGAGCAGCUCGAGACGCAAUGGGAUGAAUUUCAGAAGGGACACAGGAAUAUCUGUAAAGUUAAGGCGGAAUUCGCUGAGGACCCGUACUUCAAGGAGGACGUGUACAGUGAGGUAUACGUGCAAUAUUCUCUGGUGAAGACAGACAUCAUGGAUGCCUUGAGCCCGGGACGCUCUCAGACGUCGCUGCAGACUGAUGCGCAGUACCGGGACAUCAGAAUUGAUGCACCGCGCUACAAGGCACCUCUCCCGACCAUCGACCUGCCGCAGUUCUCCGGUGAUCAGCUCGAGUGGGAAACAUUUAAAGGAAUGUUCUUCGUCUUGGUCCACGACGUGCCAAGCCUCCCACCAAUAUUAAAGCUUCAAUAUUUAAUUCGCUCUCUUACUGGUGAAGCAGCGAACAGAUUGAAGAAUGUCCAGAUCACGGCGGAUAACUACGACGGUGCGUGGCAGGCCAUCUUAGACAGGUACGAUAACAAGAAGGUUUUGCUGGCGACACAUAUGUCACACGUCAUAUCGUGUCCCGCGAUGCAGAAGAAAUCUAUAGAAGAGCUCCGUCGAGUGCUGGACGUCAUACGUGAGUCCAAGCAGGCGUUGGACAAUUUAAAGAUUGACCCGGAGCACAUGGGAGAGCUGUGGCUCAUUCAUCAUACGGUGAAUAAAUUGGAUCAGGCAACCAGACUCGAUUGGGAGCGCCAAGUAGACGAGACCGACGGAUUUCCAAAAUACGCGCAGCUCGCCGAAUUUCUGGAGCGAUCUAUUCGAGUUUCGGAGGCUGCAUCAACAACAUCAUCAGGUAGUGGCAGUUAUAAUUCAAACGUAAACAAUAAGUUCCCGAAAAGCGCGCCAAAUCGGCAUCAUAAACAGAUAGCUGUACACACUACCAGCGCGCAGGCAGCAGGCAAACCAGGAGCGCGCGCAUGUGUGCUUUGCCGCGGAAGCCACGCCCUUUACUCUUGCCAUAAGUUCGCGGCGCUGUCACAGCCGCAGAGAUUCGAACUUUGCAAAAAGGAGAAGUUAUGUUUGAACUGUCUGUCAGGCUCACAUUACGCAGGAGAUUGUCGCUCGGAUGGACGAUGUUUGGUGUGUCAAGGGCGGCAUCAUACUAAGCUUCAUGCCGACUCGCAAGCUCACAGAGGCUCGGCGAGCAUCGAAGAUGGAGGGAGCUCGGCUCGGCAGGACGCUGAUGCUGGCGAGGAUGGCUCGGCGACAUGUUACUUCGCUCAGCAAAAGCUGAAGAGUCCAAAAGUAUUGCUUGCUACUGCUCAAAUAGUCCUGGCAGACGAAUCUGGAAAUCGAGUACAGGUGCGAGCUAUGAUAGAUCCGGGAUCCGAGCGAUCGUUUGUGACCGAGCGCGUCUUGACAGCUCUAUGUGUAAGCUCGUCAAAAGUGCACAUAAAUUUGCAUGUAAUGGGAGAUCAGUGCUCGUCAACAGUCCGAAAGCAGACUCAAUUGUUUAUAAGAUCAAGAAUCGACGCGAACUUCAGCGUGAGAGCAAAACCAUUGGUCAUGCGAGAGCUGACGGGACUCUUGCCGACGGCGAGACUGCCCGAGGAUCAUUGGCCGCAUUUGCGAGGAAUCGUGUUCGCGGAUCCUACGUAUUACAAACCCGACAAAGUGGAAUUCGUUAUCGGAGCUGAGCUGAUACCAUUCAUAAUGCUCGAAGGACUGCGAAAAGGAUCAAUUGGAAGCCCACUUGGUCAACAGACAGUAUUUGGUUGGAUAUUAACCGGAGAAAUCACACCGAAGCCAGACGAUUCACCAGCGGCAGUUUCCGCGUUUCAUGUGAGUGCUCGAGAGGACUUGCACGGUCUGGUUGAGAAAUUUUGGCAGCUGGAGGAUCUGCAGCCCACGAAGCAUUUAACAGCCGAAGAGCAAUAUUGCGAGGACUAUUUCACGGAAACUACAACGAGAAAUGCCGACGGAAGGUACGUCGUACGCUUGCCAUUCGCGAAGAAGGUAUCAUUCGAGGGCUCGCGAGACGUCGCCGUAUCCUGCCUGCACCGAAUGGAGAGACGAUUAGAAAAGAGCCCGCGACUGUCAAUGUUAUACAAAAACUUCAUGGAUGAAUACAUCGAUUUGAAACACAUGGAACUCGUGCCGGACUCACAGCUGUCACGUGAGAGCUUUUAUUUGCCACAUCACGGAGUCUUCAGAGCAGGAAACCAGGACAAGAUUCGUGUCGUAUUCAACGCUUCGCAGAGGGCGGCGAACCGAGUCUCUCUCAACGAUUCGCUGUUGCCAGGGCCGAAAUUACAAAAAGAUAUAACGGUAGUUAUAUCGCGCUGGAGACAGUUCAAGUACGUUUUUGUUACAGAUAUUGUAAAGAUGUUUCGACAAAUUUUGGUUCACCCAGACGACACCGACUGGCAGCGUAUACUCUGGCGCUCGGAUAGCACGCAGGCAAUCAGGGAUUACAGAGCGCUUACAGUAACUUAUGGGACGGCGCCUGCUCCGUUUUUGUCUCUGCGAGUGUUGCAACAGCUUGCGAAUGACGGACGAGAGCGGUACCCUGAGGCCUCACGUUUGCUGGAUCAUCGAGUCUAUGUUGAUGACCUUUUUGGUGGAGCAGACGACGUCGUUGAGGCAAUCAAGCGAAGAGAUCAACUAAUUGGAUUGAUGGAUUCGGCAUGUAUGCAGCUUGGAAAAUGGUCGGCAAAUGAUCAGGCUCUUCUGCUGGGAUUGAAUGCAGGGGAUGAUGCUGACGUCUCAGUUAAAAUCGAAGAUGUUGUUUCGACUCUCGGCCUUAAGUGGAGCCCAAAAACGGAUGAGUUUUUAUUCGUGCCGUCAUUGCCGCUAAUGGCUUCUAUUGUAACGAAAAGAGGCAUCUUGUCGGACGUUGCGAAGCUGUUCGAUCCAUUGGGAUGGCUAGCACCAGUCAUCGUCACAGCGAAGAUUCUGUUGCAGGAUCUAUGGAUCGAGAAAGUCGACUGGGAUACUUCGCUUGAGGGAGAGCUUUUAAGUCGCUGGCGGAGUUUUCGCGCAUCGCUGAGUGAUGUUGAACAAAUCAGAGUUCCAAGAUGGUUCGGUAAAAGCGAACAAAGCACCUGGAUUUUGCAUGGCUUCUCAGACGCAUCGAAGAGAGCUUAUGCGGCCGCGGUCUACAUGGUGAUCCCGGGCUGCACUUCGCGACUGAUUAUGGCGAAGACUAAAAUCGCACCUGCCAAGCUGGAAACAUUGCCUCGACUCGAGCUUUGUGGAGCUGAACUACUGGUCAAGCUGACGAAGCAGAUUUUGAGCAACGUCGAAACGCAGCCGGAGCAAGUGCAUUUUUGGUGCGAUUCAAAAGUUGUGCUCGAUUGGUUGGACGGACAUCCAUCGCGUUGGCAAACUUUCGUGGCCAACAGAGUCAGUUUCAUUAACUCGUCGUACCCGAACGCUGUAUGGCAUCAUGUACGAUCGGCUCAUAAUGCGGCAGACUGCGCCACACGAGGACUCACGCCUUCGCAGUUGGCUGGGUUCGCGCUUUGGUGGGCGGGGCCAAAUUGGCUCACGGCACCGGCCGCGGAUUGGCAUUCAUUUGAUGGUUCCUCAGAGCCAGAAGAGGCGGAGGUUCACGCAUUUUUGGUACAAGAGGAGGCGAAGAAAGAAGAAGAUGAGGACAUCGUGUACUCGAGACUACGACGGAUAUCGAGCUUUCCGAGAAUUCUCAGAGUUUUGGGCUACUGCGGACGCUGGCUUGCGCGAUUUCGAUCGAGGACUGUGUCAUUUUCAAACUGUAUUGAGCUGACAGCUGAUGAAAUUGAUUGGGCUAGAACCGCUUGCUGUAAAUUGAUACAGCAGCGAUGGUACAGGAAAGAGCUUGAGCUUUUGAAGAAAAAGAAGCCGCUGAUACAGAAAAGUGAGCUUUUCCGUUUGUCUCCGUUCCUGGACGAUCGGAAUUUGAUUCGGCUUACUGGUCGACUGCAUAAUGCACCCAUACCGUUCAGUGAGCGACAUCCGAUCAUUUUACCAGGAAGCGAUGAGAUCGUGAAACGACUUGUUGAAGAGAACCACAGGGCUACGCUUCACGGAGGAGUUCAGCUGCUAAUCUCGCAUUUGCAGCAAAGCUUCUGGAUCACAGGCGUGCGAAGACUUGUGUCUGGGGUGUGCCGUCGCUGCAUGAGGUGCACACGCUUCAGGGCCAAGACUAGCCAACAGCAGAUGGCUCCGUUGCCGGUCGACCGACUUACGCCGCAGCGAGCUUUCGCGUUCACAGGACUCGACUAUGCAGGACCUUUCACAGUACGGUUCUCAAAGCGUCGCAAAGCUAUCACAACCAAGGGCUACAUUGCCAUAUUUGUGUGCAUGACAUACAAGGCUGUGCAUAUUGAAGCUGUAUCAGACUUGACAACUGAGGCUUUUUUGGCGGCGUACUCACGUUUUGCUGCGCGACGAGGAGUUUGCAAAAAACUAUUUUCCGACAAUGGUACCACUUUCAAGGGAGCUUCAUCGGAGAUUGCUCGCAUGUUCGCAGAGGCGUCGGAGUUUUAUUCGUCAGUGGCAUCGCAUCUGGCAAUGAAAGGCACCGAGUGGAAGUUUAUUCCACCCAGAGCUCCUCAUUUCGGCGGACUGUGGGAAGCUGCAGUCAAGAGCUUCAAAUACCACUUCAAGAGAGUCGUCGGAGCAUCCGUUCUCACAUUCGAGGAACUUUCCACCUUGGCGGCAAAGAUUGAGGCCUGUCUAAACUCGCGCCCUUUAUGCAAGCCAAGCAUCCACGCGAGCGACCUAUUGGCUCUCACACCUGGGCACUUCCUGAACGGAGCCGAAUGCCUGGCUCUGCCAGAGGUCGCUGAGGAGGCUCCCAGAGGCGGACUGUCGAGGGGAUGGCGUCUGCUUUCUCAGCUGAGAAAUUCUUUUUGGACAAGGUGGAGAAAGGAAGUGAUUCAGCAACUAGCACAAAGAAACAAGUGGUUAGAGCCGCAGCCAAAUUACAAGGUUGGUGACGUUGUCAUCAUCAAGGACGAGCUCUCUCCUCCAGCGAGGUGGCCACUGGGACUCGUUACGGCUGUACAUCCAGGAAAGGACGGACUGGUGCGAGUUGUCACUCUUCGAAUCGGAGGAUCAACUCUGAUGCGACCAAUAGUCAAGCUUGUAAAACUUCCAAUGGAUGAAGACGGAGAAGAACCUCUCGAAUAG